AUGGCCCCCUCAUUCGCAUCCAGCCUAAAAGACCCUAGCCUCUUCGUCGAGAAGUCCUUCAUCGACGGCCAAUGGGUCGGCGCGAAAUCAGGCAAGGCCUUCAGCGUCUACAACCCCGCCACCGAAGAGCUCAUUGGCACCGCCCCGGAAUCAAACACAGAAGACGUCAACGCAGCCAUCCAAGCUGCCGCGAAAGCCUUCCCUACAUGGCGCGCCCAGUCCGGUCGCCAGCGCGGGCGCAUCCUGCGCUCCUUCUUCGACCAGAUCGUCGCGAACAAGGAGGACAUUGGCAAGAUCAUCACAGCCGAGAACGGAAAGGCAAAGGGCGAUGCCGAGGGCGAGGCCCUCUUCUCGGCCUCGUUCUUUGAGUGGUUCUCCGAGGAGGCACCGCGCAUCUAUGGAGACGUUAUCCCGCACAGCAACCCCACCCACCGGACGCAGGUGAUCAAGGAGCCCAUUGGUGUCUGCGGUCUUAUUACGCCCUGGAACUUCCCCAUGGCCAUGGGUGCGCGCAAGGUCGCGGCCGCCCUGGCUGCGGGAUGCACAGUCGUCAUGAAGUCCGAUGGCCUGACGCCGUUCUCGUCGAAUGUCCUGGCUGUUCUUGCGGAGCGCGCGGGCGUGCCUAGGGGUGUGAUCAACGUUGUGACUGCGCUCGAGAACACGCCUGCUCUUGGGCUUGCGCUUUGCGAGUCCGACACUGUCAAGAAGAUCUCGUUCACUGGGUCUACGCGCGUGGGUAAGCUGCUCAUGUCGCAGUCUAGCAACACGCUGAAGAAGCUGAGCUUGGAGCUUGGUGGCAAUGCGCCGUUUAUUGUCUUCGACGACGCAGAUCUCGAGACCGCUGUGGCGGCCGCUAUUGCGAGCAAGUUCAAGGUUACUGGCCAGACCUGUGUGUGCGCGAACCGCUUCUUCGUCCAGGAGGGCAUCUACGAUAAGUUCAGCAAGCGCCUCGUCGAGGAGGUGAAGAAGUGCCAGGUUGGCAAUGGCUCCAGCGCUGGUGUUACGCACGGUCCUUUGACCAACGGCGUUGACAAGACGCAAGAGCACAUCCAGGAUGCUGUCGGCAAGAAGGCUACCGUGCUGCUUGGUGGCAGCAAGCUGCCGUCUGUCGGCAAGAACUUCCAUGAGCUUACUAUCCUGGGCGAUGUGAACGAUUCCAUGCAGGUUGCUAGCGAAGAGACAUUUGGUCCUCUUGCUGCGCUGUCCAAGUUCAAGACGGAGGAUGAGGUUGUUCGCCGGGCGAACAGCGUCGAGGUCGGCCUGGCGUCGUACCUUAUCACGAGUGACCUGGGCAAGGCCCACCGUGUCUCUGAACGAUUGGAGUUCGGUAUGGUUGCUAUUAACACCGGUGUCAUUUCUGACUCCGCUGCUCCAUUCGGAGGUGUCAAGCACUCUGGUAUGGGCCGUGAAGGCAGCAAGUACGGUAUCGACGACUACAUCAGCAUCAAGAUGAUUGUCACUGGUGGUAUCAACACAGUGUACGCCAACUUGUAA